CUAAAGCUGCGUACAUGGUACCAGUAGGUGCGGACUACAAUGCCUGUCCAUCAGACAGAUCGUGGCGUUGAUAGCGCUCUGUCCGUCGUCAUACAUUUCUAUGAUGCAAGCGACUCCGACUGCUGUCUUCGUUCCAUGGACUCAAGGCUAUAAAGCCUUCGUAGUAUGACCAUCAUGUCAGACAUCCAGACAGCAGGUCACAACACAUUCUACUCGAUCUACACCUCAACGGCUCUCAAAAAAUUCAUAUCUUCCAGUUUGUCACCAAGUCCCUGGAACAAAGCGAACAGCAUAUCUCAAAAUCACAUUGCAAUCUCUAUCGAGGAUUCCCGACCAUGCAGGAUAUCGACUACUCCGCUACGACCGCACUCGUGACCGGCGGCUCCUCUGGGAUAGGUCGUGCAAUCGCAAAAGAACUCGUGAAGAGAGGUGUCCGUCGACUGGUUCUUGUUGCUCAAAAUGAAGGAAGACUGGCCGAAACAGUCAGCGAGAUUGAGGGUUCUACAACAGGAACGACAGUGCGCACGAUCAAAACCGACUUGAGCCAACGAGAAGGCCCUGAAAAUGUACAAAAGCAAGUGCAAGAAUGGGGUUGGACAGUUGAUCUACUUGUAAACAACGCGGGCUUCGCCAGGAAGUACUAUUUCGCACGUAACCCUGAGACCGACACCUCUUUGGCUACUGUCGAUCUUAUGGUCCGUGCCGCCGUUGAUCUAAGCCUCCGUUUCAUGCCAGAAAUGAUAAAGCAAGGCAAGGGUGGCAUCUUGAAUGUCGGGUCGACUGCUGGGUACCAAGCAGUUCCAUACACGGCAAUGUAUGCGGCUAGCAAGUCAUUCCUUAUGUCAUGGUCCCAAGCGGUCCAUCAAGAAAAUCUUGAAACCGGCGUCCGAGUAGCUUGUGUCGUUCCGGGCAUUACUGCGACCAAUCUCGAUGGGCAGGGGCAUGGCGAAACGCGAGGUGCCAUCGACAAAGUUGGCAUCGAUCAGCCUGAGGAUGUAGCGAAGGUUGCGGUGGACGUAUACGAAGCUAACGAAUCCGCUCGUGUAGUUGGCUGGAACAACAAGAUUCAAUCGACAGUCUUCAACCUGAUUCCUGAUUCCAUCACCAGCGGUAUUAUCGCUUCGGCGCGAGGGCCACCAGAGGAGAAGUGAGCCAAAGGUGUAGGGUACGAAUAGGUGGUUCAACCAAUACGCGGUGUCUCCACGCAGCAGGGUAGUGUCA